AUGAUUGGAUGGUUGCAUCUAAAAGGACAAGGGAAGGGCAUACUCCUCACUGCCAUUGGAUUAGAUCCGAAUGAUCAGAUCUUUCCCGUCGCCUAUGGUGUUGUUGCCAUUGAGAAUACGGAUACUUGGAGCUGGUUUUUAAGUUUGUUGGGCCUUAUCAAUGCUGUCCGAAGCUGCUGCCAUAAAGCCGAACACCACUUCUGUGUGUGGCAUAUGCACAACAACUUCAAGAAGGUGUUCACAUCUCCAACGCUAAAAGACAAGAUUUGGGAAGUAACCCGUUCAACAAAUGAAUACUCCUUCGGGAGGGUGAUGGAGGAGGUGAAACAGCUGAACACCGCUGCACACACGUGGCUUACCGUGCACACUGCCAAAGAGAGCUGGAGUCGAGCUUUCUUUCGUUUUGAGGCCCAGUGUGACAUUCUAGUUAACAAUAUUUCAGAAUGUUACAACAAAGUCCUAUUGUUUGCGCGUGAGAAGCCUUUGUAUGGCAUGCUAGAAUGCAUCCGAAUGUAUUUGAUGGACAGGUUCACCACCCGACGGAAGAUGGCUGCAAAGUUGGAGGAUUGUGUCGGGCCCAAGAUAAGGAAAAAAAUUGAGAAGAUAAAGGAAGAUUGGCGAUUGUAUGGUGAGAGAGGCUGCUGUAGGCGUUGGAUGUUGACCGGGUUACCGUGCCAACACGCGAUUGCUGCUAUUCAGAUGACUGGGGAGGAUGUGGACUCCUUUGUAGCUAAAUGCUGCUCAAUGGAGACAUUGCAAUUGGUGUAUGCGCCCAUCAUCUACUCGGUACAUGGACCACAUAUGUGGCCAAGGACUCCUCAUCCCGAUAUCGUUCCACCAGACCUUACUCGAUUGCCCGGACGUGCGAAAGGAGCAAGCAAAAAGACCGCUGAAGAGCUAGCUGCAAGAAGCAAGAUCAAAGCAAAGGCAGCAAGGAUAGCCCAUCAAGUUGUCACAGUCUGA